AUGAGCGAUGACAAUCUUGUGGACCUUAUCAACGAAGACUGCAGAUUGGUUGUUAGUUCGACAGCACGGCGUCCCGACAUCAAGAACAACAAGAAGUACAUGUUAGACGAAUCUGAGGAGCAAUGGACAUCUGAGGCUGAACACCAUCAGUUCGUACAGCUGAUGUUCACGAAACCUGUCGUCCCUCGGCGACUCUCUAUCCUUUUCUCAUCCGUAAAUGCUUGCGGAUUCUGUAUCAUUGAAGCUCUAGCCAGUCCAGGCAACUCAGAUUGGAAGGAACUCACGACGGUGGAUACGGUUAAUGGCGCUCGCGGGUGGCAGAACUUUGAUCUUCCUCGGGACGAUAGUGGGCUUUACGGCCUGAAGAUAACGUUCGAGGAUGCGUUCGAAAACGAUGGCAGGGGUCCAAUCACGAUCUACCAAUUGAAGCUGCUUGGGACCAAGAAAGACGGAUCAUGA